UGAGUAGAACAAAAAAGAAGAACUGGCUUAAGGAAGUUCACACAAAGAACUUUGCUGAAACAGGGAAGGAGAGAGCAGGAAACAUUGAUUCUCUUAAUAAGUGUACAGGAAAAUCUUCAUACAGAUUUCAAGAUGAAGAUGCUCCUUCUGCUUGUGAUGAUGAAGGCUUGUGCUGCCAAAACACAAGAUCUUUCUGGUAAAAUGUUCACCUUCCCACUGGAAAGCAACCGCGCAUAUGUGAAGUUUAACACAUCAAGAACGGAUUUCGAUGCGGUAACUGUUUGCCACAGAUCCUUUACUGACCUCAAAAGAGACCACAUCCUCUUCUCCAUAGCCACGCCCUCUCAUGCCAAUGACUUUUUGAUUUUCUGGGAUAACACCAAUAAAGAAAUGGAGGUGUUCAUCAGGAAUAAAAAAGCUGAAUUCGGAGGGCGUGACUACAAGCUGAACACGUGGCACUCUGUCUGCACCACAUGGGAUACUUCGACUGGACUGGUGCAGCUGUGGUUUGAUGGACAGCCAUCAAUUAGGAAAUUCACAAGCUCUGGUUCCAACAUUAAUGGACCUGUCAUAAUUAUUGUAGGACAGGAGCAGGACAGUCAUGGUGGCGGGUUUGACAUCAAGCAGUCUUUCGUUGGCAUGAUGUCUGAUGUCCACAUGUGGGACUACGUCCUCUCUCCCUGUGAGAUGCAGAAUUAUCUGGAUGAACUAAACUUCACUCCAGGAAAUGUGCUCAACUGGAGGGCCCUGAAUUAUCAGAUUAUUGACAAAGUGCUGUUAGAAAAUAAAAAAAUGGUGUGUUACUAAGCUGUUAGUGCAAACUGAUCUCUUUAAAAAAAAAAAAAAAAAUCAGUCAACAAUAUGUAAUCACCAAUUUUCAUUUGUUUUACUGUAUGUUUGUGAUUGCUUUCUGAGUAAAAUGAACAGGAUGGUGCUAGUUUAUCAAAUUACAAGUGUCAUCUGUCACUAACAAGAAGCCAUUUGUGUGAUAAGGUUAAUAAAUGCCUUUGCAUAGA